GAGGAGCGUAUGGAUCACCAGCACACAUCAGCAGCCUAGUGUUCACUUCUGAGCAAAAUCGGUCUGAAAUCGGCCUGUUAAAUCUACGGUUUACAGGCGGCCGGGUGUUUUCCUACCUCUGAUCGGAGGGACCGGAGCAGGAACAAGGAGAGGCGGAUCCGCGAGGAAACUAGACCGGGGUGCGACCGUCAUGAUGGCGUCCGGUAGCGCCUCCAGCCCGAUGGUCAUCCUCGGCCCCAAAACCAAGACCAAGAAGAAACAUUUCGUGCAGCAGAAGGUGAAAGUGUUUCGGGCGAGCGACCCGAUGCUCAGCGUGUUUAUGUGGGGCGUCAAUCACUCGAUAAAUGAUCUAAAUCAAGUUCCUGUGCCCGUCAUGCUACUUCCUGACGACUUCAAAGCCAACACCAAAAUUAAAGUGAACAAUCAUCUCUUCAACAAGGAAAAUCUUCCAGGCCACUUCAAAUUUAAGGAAUACUGUCCGCAAGUCUUCAGGAAUCUCAGAGAGCGUUUUGGGAUCGAAGAUCUUGACUACCAGGUGUCUUUAGCCCGCAGCGCUCCCUCAAAAGGUGAUGGGCAGGGAGAAGGUAUCCUCUUCAUCUCCUAUGACCGCACGCUCGUAGUGAAGCAAAUCACCAGUGAAGAUGUAGCCGACGUUCACAACAUUCUGUCCGAGUAUCACCAGCAUAUAGUGAAGUGCCAUGGCAGUACACUUCUCCCUCAGUUUCUGGGCAUGUACCGUGUUACGGUGGAGAGUGAGGACACGUACCUGAUCGUCAUGAGGAACAUGUUCAGCCACAGACUAGUGGUCCACAGAAAAUAUGAUCUGAAGGGUUCUCUUAUAGAUCGUGAGGCCAGUGACAAAGAAAAGGUAAAAGAGUUGCCCACGUUUAAAGACAUGGACUUCAGGAACAACAUGCAGAAGGUCUAUGUGACUGAAGAGCAGAAAGAGAAAUUUAUGGAGAAACUAAACAAAGAUGUAGAGUUCUUGGUAAAGCUAAAGAUCAUGGACUACAGCCUGUUGCUAGGCAUCCACGAUAUUGCACGUGCCGAGCGAGAGGAGGAGGAGGCUGAGGAGCCUGGCACUGAAGAUGAGAUGGACCCCGAGAACGGUCUCGCUUCGGCCGCGCAGGGCGGCUCCUACGGCACGUCACCAGAGGGCAUCGCCGGUUACAUGAACUCUUUCAAACCCUUGGGGCCUGGAGAAUUCGACCCUUACAUUGAUGUAUACGCAGUGCAAAGCGCUCUAGGAGCUCCGCAGAGGGAAGUGUACUUCAUGGGCCUCAUCGACGUGCUGACUCAGUAUGACACUAAGAAGAAAGCCGCACAUGCGGCCAAGACCGUAAAGCACGGCGCUGGUGCUGAAAUAUCUACAGUUCAUCCAGAACAGUAUGCCAAACGAUUCCGUGAAUUCAUCUCCAACAUUUUCGCAUAAGGGCUCGUGUGUGUCCUCAACAACAUCUGACAGAGUGAAUGUCCAGGUCUCCUUUCACCUCAAAAUUGGAGUUUGUAUAAAAAAUCUCAUUACGGUAAUGUGCCUGAACAUUUUACUUCCAAUCCACUGAUUCUCAAAACGUGCUCGUACAACAAAAAUCAAAGGCAAUACAAGAAACACGACCAUGAUGCAUACGUAUUUGACAGAUUAAGUAUAUUGUUUUUACUCAUUUCAGUGUUUGUUUGUUUGUUUUUUCCGCAUUGCGGUAAUGAGAAUUCAAGUGGGGGUGGAGAUAAAUUGUCAUAAAAUGCAAAAUAUUACAAAUGCACCUAAAAUAAGGAUUUGUUCCCUUUAAACGACAUAUGAUUUCUUGCAUCCGUGAUUUUGAGGUGAAAUGUGACGCAGGUGGGUUUUGGGAAGUUCACUCCACAUGCCUUCACAUAGAUUUUUUUUUGAAGUCCCAUGCUGUGCUUUUAUUUUGUAAAAGUUCAGGCAUAGGAACUUGACAUUCCCAUGCACACUACGUCGAUCAAUUAUGUAUUAAAUGAAUAGAACGGCAUUCAUAUAAAUCAAAUUGUGGCACAACAGCAAACACAAACCUGAAAAAAUUGCCUAAUCUUUGAAGGAGAUAUGACUCUGAACCUGUAGCAGUGCUAAACAUGUUCUUGGUGUUUCUCUCACUCACUUUCUCUCUCGGACUUUGGAAUGGCACAGAGAGUAACUGCCUUAACCAAAUGCUGAACGGAUUGUGGAGGAAUAGAAGCUCAUGUUCUCUAAUGUUUUAAGUGCAUGCUUGCUUCAUUUGAUAUCUGCUGUACUAGAAUGUUGUGAGACACUUGUGAAUAUUGGUCAGACAGGGACCCUCAAGAUGGGUCUAGUUGAAAACUAAGAAUACUAACUGAUUAUUUGUAUGUAUGGAUGUAUGGAUGGAGUAUCUUGUGUGAGCUAUUUUAUGCAUUUAGCCUUAAUGAGGAGAAGAAGAAUUGUGUAGUCUGUAGCAGAAACGCUCUCUAGUGAUACUGAGCUGAUUUAGUACAGUACAUGAAAUGCCUUAUUGUUGCAUUUUAUUUAUUUUGCAAAUCAAUGUUCGGACCAAAAUAUAUUUUUCAGAAAUUUCCAGAAAACAUGGGUUCUGUUAUUUAUUCGUUUUAGCUCUUGUCCCUAAUAGUUUCAUAUUUAAAUGGUAUUUUAGAGUUGUCUGAAGACCGUAGGUUGUUGUUACACUGAGACAAGUUAUUACAUUGUGUUCACAUAAUGCACGUAGCAACCGACUGUAAUGACCAAUAAUGUACAUUCUCGAGUACAAUAAAACAUUUUUCCUAAAUAUUGAGUGAAACAACAAGACUGAAUUCACAUGAGUGAACAAAUACAGACCCGUGUCUACAUGGAAGUACAGGCUUAUGUAAAGACCAAAAAACUUGUAUUUUAUAAUCUUAUAUUUUAGUUGAAUAAACACAGACAGGCCUUGCAUUGGUCAUUCUCUUUUGAAGUCAACCAACUUCAUAAAAACGUUCACAUCAUUUAAAGUGUUUUCUGCUUUUCCUUCGCUAUAUGCUACAUGCUUCAACCCAUCCAUUAAAAAGCGAUCUUAAAUGA